AUGGGGUUUUCUGUGGUAGUCGCUCCCCGACGGGGGGGGGUUUGUGGUCUCGUUGCCCUCGCUCUCUUUGUGCUAUCCCGAGACUUUGCUUUCGAUAGCUCGGCGAUCCCGUCUUCUGCGCUGCCAUCCGAAGCUUCCACUUCUGGCCGAGUUCGGGCUUCCAUCGCAACCGCUUCUCGUGGAGCGUUUCCGUUCCCGUCGCUCCUCUCUGUGACUGCGUCGGAGGAAGCCCCGGAGGAAACGCCCUCCCAACCCCCCCAAGAGAGCACGGAGGGAACCUUGAGCCAAGACAGUGCGCCGGAGUCGACAGCGGCCGCGCCGAGCCGGCAUUGGAGGCAGAGACGCCGAGGCCGCGAGAACAACAGAGAGCGCGGCCCGAAUCCCAGAGGUCCCCGACACGGGCACGACAAGCCGACGAAGCACGGCCGUCGAGGGCGACGGGGAAGGGGCCCGCGCGGGGGAGCCUCGGACGAAGGUCCGUUUUUUGCGCCGCAUUUUGGAUGGAAAAGACACCACUCGCAUCAUUCGGAGAAGCGAAAGGGCCGAGAACUGGUACGUGGACGCGCUCCCGGCGACGGUUCGAGUGAGGCUCCGGAGCUGGGCCACGGCGCCGCCCUCGUGAGUCAGGAUUCAAGGGACUUCAGCUCGGACUACACGCGCGGCUUCCCCAGCACAGAAGGCGAGCGUUCCGGAUCUUCCGAAGACCUCCCACCUCUCCCUCCGGGACACCCUUUCGCAGAGGUGGCAGAGAUCGUCGCCACGCUUAUGCAGGACACGAGCGUUGUCUCCGAUCCAGAUCUGGACCAGCUCAGAAAGGUCCAGCAGGUGCUGAGGGCGGAACAAAGGCACAGACGGACGCUGCAAGAGCGGCGCCAAGCCGAGCGCCUGGAGCAGGCGGAACACAGCGCCGCGUCUCUCCUCUCGGCUCUACAGUACAUGUCGCAGCCGCGAGACCUCCCGGGCCACCAGGGGCUUCCGCCGGCCCAGCGCCAGGAGCGAGGAUACCGCGGCCCUCACGGCCCGCCGGACACAGCGUUGCCUGCGCCUGGCGCACCAAAGUUCCCGAGCUCGCAUUUCCCGCAAGCGCGUCCUCCCGCAGGCCCCCACGGCGGCAGACGUGGGAGGAGACACGGCGAUUCCUACUUUGCAGACGGGGAAAGACACCCAGCACGCCCAGCACGCCCCGCUGGCGAUCAGAGCGAGGAGUCAGCGGAUUCGCGUAUGCCGCAUCAUCGAUCACGGGAUCGCCAUCCUUUCCACGGCCGACACGGGUCCCCGUCGCACCGCGGGCAUCGUGCGCACGGGCCUCACUCCAGUCACGGAUUCCCGCGGGAUGCGGGCGAUGAGGUGCACAGGACGUUUGCGCGCCGCUUCAACCCAGAGGAGUCGGAGACGCCAUUCUCACCACAUCACCCAGUGCCCCACCAUCGAUGGAAAGACUCAGCAGAGCCCAAGGGACACCCCUUCGGCCCCGGAAUGCCGAGACAUGGCGUGGAGGAGCGCCCCAGCCACUCCGACAGGCGCUUUGGUCCACAUGGACACCGCGGACAUCAUGCAUCGCGGGAGAGGUCUGCCGCUCGUCGCCAUAGUCCUCCGAUGGACGAUUCGGAGGGAUCGGUCUCUGAUGACUGCCACGGCCACGGAUGCCCUCAUAGGCAUCGCAGCGGCGUGCCUCACCACCGGAGUCGCUUCCCACCUCAUGAUAAACACGGUCCUGUGCGCAGAGCGCGUGUCUCUCUCCCCACUGCCGAGGAAUUCCAAGAGUUCUUUGCUUCCACACAGCACAAUAAGUCCUUUCGCGAACCACGUCCAGGUCAGCCCCAAAGGCAUGGCCUGGGUCCUUUCUUCCAUGGCCAUCCCAAACCAAGUCGGUACCCGCACCCUGGCUUCGGUCACGGACCGCAAGGAAACGUUGAAGUCGAGCCAAGUGUAGAGACACCCGGAGCCGAUAUUGUCGGUCCUGCUCCCCCAAGCGAAACAGAGAACCCAAUGGAGCCGUUGGGUCCUGAGGCAUUCGCAGGUCCUCGAACGGUUGUCGCUGCCCAAGCUCCUUCCGAGGAGACUCUUUAA